ACAGGGGAGGACGGGGCUCGGCGCGGGGAGGAGGCGCUGCGAGCAUGCGCCGGGCGAGCCGCUGACUGGGCGCUCCGUCAGGGUACCGAGGCAAAGGAAAAAGGAAAGAAAGAAAGAAAGAAAAAGGGAUGAGGGGAAGGAGGAUGAGCGACGGCGGAGGGAGGCGAGGAGGGUUUUAAAGGAGGCCGGCGGGAUCCCGCGGGAAGGAGCGGCUGUGGCACGCGGGGCUCUCCGGCACCAACAGAUAUUUUGAUGGCAUGACAAAUCAGAACGAAGAGGAUGUACUGUAUGACUAGACACCAGAUCAGUUCUGUUUGUGGAUUACAUUUUCAGUAAGAUGUAUGGAUCUAUUUUUUCCUUCUUCUUAUAUAUAGAUCAUGAGACUUGACUGAGGCAAUAUACAUAUCAUCCAUCCAUCUAUGGCGAACUACAGCCAUGCAGCUGACAACAUUUUACAAAAUCUCUCUCCUUUAACAGCUUUUCUGAAACUGACUUCACUGGGUUUCAUAAUAGGAGUCAGUGUGGUGGGUAACCUUCUGAUCUCCAUUUUGCUAGUCAAAGAUAAGACCUUGCAUAGAGCUCCUUACUACUUCCUGUUGGAUCUUUGCUGCUCAGAUAUCCUCAGAUCUGCAAUUUGUUUCCCAUUUGUUUUCACCUCUGUAAAAAAUGGCUCUACUUGGACGUACGGGACUCUUACUUGCAAAGUGAUUGCCUUUUUGGGGGUUUUGUCCUGCUUUCACACCGCUUUCAUGUUAUUCUGCAUAAGCGUCACCAGAUACUUAGCUAUUGCCCACCACCGUUUUUAUACAAAGAGGCUGACCUUCUGGACUUGUUUGGCCGUGAUCUGUAUGGUGUGGACUCUCUCUGUAGCCAUGGCUUUCCCCCCAGUUUUAGAUGUGGGCACCUACUCGUUCAUUAGGGAGGAAGACCAAUGCACUUUCCAGCAUCGUUCCUUCAGGGCUAAUGAUUCUUUGGGAUUUAUGCUUCUUCUUGCCCUCAUCCUCCUAGCCACACAGCUUGUCUACCUCAAGCUGAUAUUUUUUGUUCACGAUCGCAGGAAAAUGAAGCCAGUCCAGUUUGUUGCAGCGGUGAGCCAGAACUGGACAUUUCACGGUCCCGGAGCGAGUGGUCAAGCAGCUGCUAAUUGGCUGGCUGGAUUUGGAAGGGGUCCCACACCGCCAACCUUGUUGGGAAUCAGGCAGAACGCCAACACCACGGGCAGGAGAAGGCUACUGGUUUUAGACGAGUUCAAAAUGGAGAAGAGAAUCAGCAGAAUGUUCUACAUCAUGACAUUCCUCUUUCUGACCUUGUGGGGUCCCUAUUUGGUAGCCUGUUACUGGAGAGUUUUUGCAAGAGGGCCUGUAGUACCGGGGGGAUUUCUAACGGCCGCUGUCUGGAUGAGUUUUGCCCAAGCUGGAAUCAAUCCUUUUGUCUGCAUUUUCUCCAACAGGGAGCUGAGGCGCUGUUUCAGCACAACCCUUCUUUACUGCAGAAAAUCCAGGUUACCAAGGGAACCUUACUGUGUUAUAUGAGGGAGCAUCUGUAAAUCUUUAGCCUUGUGAAACACUACCAUUCUCUGCUAAGCAAUUGUGGCCUGUAGCCAUGUCUUGAGAAGAAAAUCAAGAAUGGGAUGUCAGCAGUUGUAAGGAUUUGGGCAACAUUCUGCAGUCUUUGCAAUAGCUCACCUCUAAUCCUAUUUUAAACCUAAACAUGUUCCUGCUGACCACUGCUGAAGGUUUGUAAUUAAGAACAAAGGACUGAACUACUGCCCUGAAUUUCUUUAUGUGGUUGAAAUCUAGAUUAUGAAAGUAGCAGGUGCUAAGUAUCAGUGCUAAAUGCUGUGUAUAUCACUACAUAAAAUAAGACCAUCAGAAACAUUAGCAUUGGACAUCUUAAUAAAUUAAGUUGAUAUGAGGUUAAUGUGUUGAUAAAACUAAUUUUAGACAUCUGAAGACCUUUAAAACAUUUCAUACAAUUAUUGUUUUGCAAAGACUGAAAACUGGGGACUCAAGUACUGUAACUGAUUAAAGAUGUGCCAUGCAUUAUUGGAUUAUCACACUUACAAAUCUGUUUGCCUUGUGAGUAAGUUUUGGGGAGCAUUCCAAAGCAGUAUUUUUGUUCUCAUUUAGACUUCUUUUUUCUUUUCUUUUUCUUUUUUUUUUUCUUUUUUUUUUUUCUUCCGAAUAUAUUACUCUUUCUAAAUGCCAUUUUCCUUAACAGUGAAAUAAUAACAUUUAACUGUAUUCUGUGGUUUUUGCUGACUUGGUAUAAAGUUUAAUAGACUCUUAUUUAUAUUUUUUAAAAAGCUAGAUAUCAGUCUGUUAGGCAACGUUAAUGAUAAUAUCCAGUCAUAAUUGAACAGUUAUAAUUAUACAGAAUAAACACAUGUUGCCUUAAAGGGUUAUCUAGUAUCUUCCAUUUUGUUUAGCAUUGAAGCAAAUAAGCAAGGAAAAUUGAAUCAGUGACUCUGGUCAGUCAUUUGGGAGUGCACGAACGAUCACUUAGUCCUCUUUUUUCCUUUUUACUCCGAUGGUUCCCAAAAUCAGUAUGCACAUCACUGGGAUGAUACGAUUUUUUUCUAGGUGUGCCGCCCUUUCUGGUUUGUUCUGAGAAACACAGGCAGUUGAUGUAUGUUUAUAUUUUAAGACAGCUGUCAUGGGGAGACCGCAGCCUUAGUAUGAUAUCUUGCACAAUUUGUGAAGCAUUUAUUCUACUGAAGGCACAGUCUUGUUUAUAUUUUCUGCACAUUUUGGUGUAUUGGUUGUUUUAAAUUAUUUAAGUUUUAACUUGUGAAAGCAUAUAAUAUGAUUUCUUAGUAUUUUAGAAAUACAUUAGAGUCUGUGAGUCUUUCCUUCUUUAAGAUACAGAUGUGUGGAUUUCAAUAUAAAGUUGCAUUUGCCAAAAUUUACCUGUGUAGCUUGUUAAUUUUCUUGGAAUAAAAUUUUACAUUUUUCCAGUUAUACAA